CACUACUAGGGGAUCCAUUGAGAGACUUGUAGAUUACCUUUCUGAUAUUUUUAUAUAAAAUCUAAAAAACUUUUCCGGAAUCUGAAUGGUUGUUCUUGGUCAACAUUCUAGUUGCUGAUCGGGUUUUCAGCAUGUCACAGUAUGUUUGUCGUCAGUGCGCCCUCUCUUUCCUUCUCCGGAGGGGAGCGUCAAAGAUUGCCGGAAACCCAAGGAUAGCAUUAUCAGAUGCUCAGACACCUGCGUUAUUCAUCCGUACUUUCUGUCUGCCUCAACAGGCUCCUUCCAGGUAUUUAAGCUCCUCAAUUCCAGGACGAUCACUACCAGAGCCGGUUGCAAUAGGAUCAUCAGUGUCAACGAACCUCACAGAUUCCCGAACCAGCCGCCUCAAAACAACGAUACGACCUGUUAAUCCUUCGUCACUGGAGCCUCUUCAGGAUCUGGAGGCAUCUAGACAGAAGCGCAUCAGGAUGACUCGCAAACGAAUCUAUAGAUUCGUCAGAUAUCUUGAGGUUGAUAAACUAUAUCUUGAAUUUUGGAAGACCUGCUGCACCGAGACCUUGGACGAUCAGCGGGAAAUUUGGCGCUCCUCUAAUGACAAACCGGAUCUGUUAACCACUCAAGAAGCUGUCUACAGAGCCUUCAAUUCGUCGAGUCCGCCGACACAUUCAGUAUAUCCUGUCUGGAGGAGGAAACUGAAGGAUGGUAGGCCAUUUCCAAGAUUCAAACUUACUGUGGAAUACGAAUCAGCACAGAAACCUAUGGUUUACACGCUGGCAUUUAUUGAUCAGUCGCAUGCUAGGCGGUUACUUCAAAUGCAUCAGUAUUUUGAGGAGGUAUUGGGUAUAAAGGCCGGAUACCGCUCUAUGAUCGCACUUCUUGUGGCUUUUUCUUCCCGCGGUGAUAUGGCAACAACUCUCACGAUCUUUAAUAGAUGGAGGGAAAACCAACAGUUUAACCAAAGUGGGGGGAAGGAGAUGUAUUCUUCUGUCAUCCGAGGCCUUGUCGGUCGAAACUGUCAAAGUUCCCCACUUGAUCCACACUCGCUGGCCAAGAAUAAUAGAGCUGGAAUCAGGAACCAAGGCGUUACCCAAAUAUAUGCAGCUUUAGAGCUCUUUUACGAUAUGUUGCGUCAAGGUUGUACACCGACUUUUGAAACCUAUCAUUCAUUGAUAGUAGGCCUGUCAACGUUCAAGAAUGAUAUGGAGGCGGCAGAGUUGUUACUGGAUCAUAUGAUUAUCAUGAAGAAGAAGCCUUACGUCCAGGUAUUGCACGUAAUAUGUAGAGAAUAUGUCCGUCGUCGAGAUUUCCCGUCUGCAGAGAGGAUUUUCAGGAUGCUGAAAGAAUACAGGAUUCGGCCAAAGGCUCUGACGUGCAACUUGAUGCUUAAGGCAGUGUUUCAAAUGUCAGACGCUGAUGCAGCACUAUACCUCGGAAAAGACGAAGAAGAAGAAGAUCAGCUGGAAGAUAUACAAGCUAGGGGUCGUCGUUUAAAACAUAAAAAAAUUAAGGAGAUACACGAUUACAUGGUUGAGAGCGGGGUCUUGCCAGAUGAAGUCACGUUCAGUAUCCAGUUCUACGGAUACGGUCAUAUGGAGGAUGGAUACUCAGAUCUGCGUGCUGUAAUGACCGAAAUGGCAAAUCGACAGGGGUUGACGAUAGAGCCUAAUAUGAUUAUUCUCAACUCGCUACUAUUCGCACACAUCAACCAUGGCAAGCUGAAGAUGGCAGAAUCGAUUCUGGACCAGAUGCUGCAAUCAACGCAUCCUGUUAAUAGGGCGAGAGCGGACUCCUUUAAUAAAAAACAACAAGUCAGGAGCCCAUUCCUCAAUCCACAAGAGGGCGAGGACAUAGAUUUAUUUGAUGGUGAUGAGCAACCAAGAACAAGGAGGCGACGGCUCAAAGACAGUGCAUCGCUUGAAGGACUGCGGAUGAUUCCCGGAAAAGGCGCUUUUCAUGCAUUGAUGCUCGCAUAUGUCGACCAAGGGGAUAUUAUAGGGAUGGAGCGUGUCUUGGAUAAGAUGAUAGGCGCUCGUAAACAUUUACAACAGGAGUGUAUUCAAACCUCUCCCCACUUAAAACAGUCGGAGUAUCGUGCCGCUUUCCCAAGGCUCAACCUGGAUGCGGAUGAAUAUACCGCCAAUAUCAUGCUUCUGGGCUAUAUCAUGCAGCGUGAUUACGAGAAAGUGGAGCUUAUUCGACAGCAGAUUCUGUCACGCCUGGACUGGACAACUAGUGCAUCUUUUGCUCAGCGAGAGCAAUAUCGUGAACAACUUAUCGCAUUUGUACAACAGCAAAGUUCAAGAUCAAUGACAAAGCGAUUUUUACAGGACGACGUCGACGAUGAUGAUGGCGCUCUCUCGAGAUUUUUAUUCAAUUCAUCCUCGCCCUCCAAGGGCGUAACUCAAGGAAUCGGUUCCUGUAGUGACGCGAAAGCGUGUGAUCCUCGAGACAAAAACAUUGAGAGCGAUCUAGAUGAUAGCAUUGAGAUCGAUAUCACAACUCUCUCGGCCAAACUACGUUGCCUUUUGAAUUCAACUGCUACAUCUCAAUCUUCGUCUUCGUCAUAA